AUGAUUAAGUUUAGAUCAGGAGAUUUGAUGCGCAUCAAGUCCAAUAUGCCGCUUAAAAUGCUCAUAACUAACACAAAAGUUGGGAGGAACACGAAGGCAUUAGUUGCCAGCGUUUCUGAGAGGAAGGUCAGGCACCCUGAUGCUAUGAUUUCUGUAUUCACUGCGGUUGAUUCUAUCAGCAAUGAAUUGGCCUCUAUUAUCCAGUCUCCUGCCUCUGAUGAUCUUGUCAUAAUUGAGAAGGAAGAAAAACUAGAAGAGCUGAUGGAAAUGAAUCAAGGGUUGCUCCAGUGUAUGGGGGUCAGUCAUGCUUCUAUAGAAACUGUGCUUCGAUCAACAUUGAAAUACAAAUUAGCGUCCAAGUUAACAGGAGCUGGUGGUGGAGGCUGUGUUCUGACACUAUUGCCAUCCCGAACAGUGGUUGAUCAAGUAAUUGCUGAGCUAGAAUCCUGCGGAUUCACAUGUUUGAUUGCUGGAAUUGGCGGGAAUGGUCUUGAGGUUUGCUUCGGUGGUUCAUCUUGAUUUUCCCAUGGAUGCAAUUAAUAAUAGAAAGGUCUGCCCCUGUAACGUCAAAUAAUAGUAUGAAAACGUAUGUUUCCACAGCCCUGUUCUUUUGAUUAUUGUUUUCUUUGCAUUUACUCCAUUGUUGUUGUUGAGUUCCUAUACUUGUAUUUCUAGUUUCCAUCACCUUCACUUUACCUUUCAUUUGCUUCUAUUUUCAUUCUUGUUCCUAAGGUCAGAUGUUCAUUAGAGAUCAGAUAAGUUUUUACGUUGAUUGUCAG